UUCCACAAAACACUUCAGUUUGCAUAAAUCAGGGUUCUCUGAUCAAAAUACAUCUUGUGACAGGAAAAUCCCUCAAAUGCUGGUGUGGGACUGUUUACUAUAUCCCACGUGCACAAUGUGCUUACUUUGCUAACUGGGAGGGGAUGUUCAGCCAGAUUUCUGCCGUGGGCAGUGAGCAGUUGUCGUCUUCCCUUCCCUAUUUCUUCAUGUGUAUCCUAUACACUAAACUGUUCCAGGCUGGCUGUUCAGAUGCAGCUGCUUGAAACUUGUUCUCUAGAAACAGGAAUAUAUGCAGGACUUUUUAUUCAAUUUUGCUGUUCCAGUUUUCUUUUUUUUCUUUUUUUUUUUUCUUUUCUUUUUUUCUUUUUUUUACAGCUAGUGAAUAUUUUCAUCUUGUGCAUUACCUGGCUCAAAGGAAAAUCCAGAACUGUUACGCCUUCCUAUCUGUGCGUCAAAGGACAGCUUUCCCAACACCGCAUACUGGCUGCCCUGAACAUUUGAAGUCCUUCUGAUGGCUCUCCGGAGGAUUUACGUUUUCUCCCUGGCACUGGUGUGGGGCUGCAUGGCCUCCUCCUCCCAGCAGACAGCAGUUGCUCCCCCGCAAGACCUUCAGAUCACUGAUCCUGGGCUUUUAGGUUCUCUCGAUAUAGAGUGGAAACCUCCACCCAAUGUACAAACCUUCAAUGAGUGCACAGUAAAAUACAAGUUUGAAUACCGUAACACGGGUGAUAGAGAAUGGAAGGUUAUUUUUACUAGGAAACUAAAAUUCAGAGUUGGAUUUGACCUCAGCAGGACUGCUGAAGUGAAGGUACAGACCCUGCUUGAAGGACGGUGUACCAAUGACGUGGAGGUUCAGAGUGAAUGGAUUUAUGCUACCUUUCAGGUCCCAUUGCAAGGAAAGCUGGAAUCAGAGGUUCAGAAUUUUCAUUGCAUCUAUCAUGACUGGGAAUACCUUGAGUGCACUUGGCAACCAGGUCUCCUCGCUCCUCGCGGUGUACAUUAUGGUCUAUAUUACUGGUAUGAGGGCCUGGACCAUGCAGUUCAGUGUGAUGACUACAUCCAGGACCACGGUAUAAACAUUGGCUGCAUGCUGCAGAACCUGAGCCAGGCAGAAUAUAAGGAUCUGAGCAUUUGUGUCAAUGGGUCAGCAGCAGCCACCCUGCUGAGGCCGUUGUAUGCCACCCUGCGCCUUCACAACCUAGCAAAGCCCUCACCCCCCAAGCAGCUGGUGGUUUCCAUGUCUGCGUCCGAGGAGCUCCGCGUGGUGUGGAGCCCACCAGGUGGCGAAACGCCGCCCCAGUGCCUGGAGUACGAGGUCCAGCUGGCAGAAGAGCAGGGGAAGGCCAAGACUGCCUGGGCGUCUGUGUCAACCCAAAUGGAGACUGCUUUUACUAUUUCCAGAGCAAAUCAAAGCAGCAUUUCAUGUGUCCGUGUCAGGGGGAGAACAAAUAAUUUCUGCGCCGACCAGGGCUUCUGGAGUGAAUGGACGCAGGAGUGUUUCUCUGUGUCCAGAAAAGAGGACAAGCAGCUAUUUAUUCUCAUUCCAGUCAUUCUGAGUUUGUCAAGUAGCCUCAUAAUAUUUAUGUUGAUUGGUCAGUGCAAGAAAAGAACCCCAGCAGGAAAAGCAAUGCACACGUCAGUGGGAUGCUAACUCUGCUCACAAUUGCUGUACCACUUGUGUUUGAAGGAUUGCUCUCAGAACAUCAUCCCAAGGAUGGCUGAGAAGCCCAGAGCUUUCUAAAGUCCAAGUGAGUCUUCCCUGCCUGCUGCCAUUUGUGAGGCUGGCUGUCGCAAUGCAUGUCCUCAGCAGACCUAGGAAAACAUUGGAGGAGCUGUAAGCUGACUGGAGCAAACUGUUUCUGAUAACAGGACAAAGGACAAAAAGGAGGCAUGAAAACUGCAAUGAAUAAAGAUAACACAUUCCUCUGA